AUGGUCUCCACGAGCGACAUCCUCCUCAACAACACCUCGCUGCUCAGUCCCGGCAGCGGCCCCGUCUGCGCCCUGGUCGGGUGCACCGAGGGAAUCGGGCUGGCGACGCUGCACGCGGUGCUGCGCCACACGUCGACGCCGACCAUCUACCUCGUCGGAGAAACUGCGCGCCUCGAUGCCCUCAAGACUUCGGCACAGAGCCUCAACGCGUCUGCGAACAUUGUCCCGAUCGUUGCCACCCCCGACGAGGGCUCGAAUCUGGUGUCGUGUGUGCAGGAUGCUGCGCGGGAGAUGGUCGCUUUGAAUCCGCCAAGGCUGGAUCUGUUGAUCAUGUCUUCGACGUCGCCGUCACCGUCAGCGGACAUCUCUCUCACGGAAGAAGGCAUCGACCGCACCAUUUGCGCCGAGUACUGCGCGCGGAUGCGCAUCCUGGUCACACUGCUCCCGCUCCUGCGCCUAGCGGCGUCUCCUCGCGUCGUCAGCGUCCUCGCCGGCGGACGAGAAGGGUGGGUCGACGUGGACGAUCUCGGUACACCACGGACAACAGAACCCUCCCCCACAGCCGCCGCGGCGACCAUGACAACGCUCUUCUUCGAACAUCUCGCCGCACAGGCCGAGAACGACAAGAUCGUCUUCCUGCACGUCAACCCGGGCGUUGUCUUCGGGGGUAUUGACACGAGCGUCGACGAGGCUGAGGCCGAGGCUGGCGAAAGAGUCCUCUUCGCCGCAACGAACGGACGGUUCCGCCGUGUCCGGGACCCCGAGCGCGCAAAGGGCACGCUGAUCCAGCAGGGCAGUGACGGAGUGUUGGGCUCCGGCGUGUACCUCGUCAACGGAGACUCGAGCGUCGUCGAGGACGGCGGGAGCGAGGAGUUGAAGAGGUUGAGAAGUGACACAGGUGCUGGUGUCGUGCACAAGAUCUGGGAGUAUACGAUGGGGUGA